GAAGUGUGAACACUAGCAAGCUACUGGCGCCAAGACUGAGAUCGCGGCCACAUGACAGCAGCAUCCGUUCUGAGAAGCGGAGGCUCAGUGGGGGAAAUAACGAAGCUAUUAAAAUAAACAUGUUUGUGGCUCGUAGCAUUGCAGCAGAUCACAAAGAUCUAAUCCACGAUGUUUCCUACGAUUUUCACGGCCGGAGAAUGGCAACUUGUUCAAGUGACCAAAGUGUCAAGGUUUGGGACAGUGAAAGUGGGGAGUGGCACUGCACUGCCAGCUGGAAGAACCACAGCGGGUCAGUAUGGAGGGUGACCUGCCACCCUGAGUUUGGACAGGUGCUGGCCUCCUGCUCCUUUGACCGAACAGCCGCUGUGUGGGAAGAGAUAGUUGGGGAAUCUAACGACACAGAGGGGCAGAGCCACUGGAUAAAGAGGACGACUCUGGUGGACAGCAGGACGUCGGUGACGGACGUGAAGUUCGCUCCUAAACACAUGGGUCUGAUGCUGACSACVUGCUCAGCAGACGGSGUGGCGAGGAUCUACGAGGCUCCYGACGUGAUGAACCUCAGCCAGUGGUCCCUGCAGCACGAGAUCUCCUGUAAACUCAGCUGCUCCUGUAUCUCCUGGAACCCCUCCAGGUCACUCUCGCGCCACCCUCCCAUGUUAGCAGUGGGAAGUGAUGACAGCAACGUGAUGUACGGUGGGAAGGUUCAGAUCUACGAGUACAAUGAAAACACUAG